GAUGCUAAAUUAUACAAUUGAUCUGUUGUUGUAUUCAACUUUGCCUGAGUCUCGUGUCCAAAAUGCAAUUAAACGAUUGGUGGAAGCAUUAUCUUUAAAAGGCCUGGAAAAAUGUACAAAACAAAACACCAUUAAUCAACUAUGGUAA